AUGAACUUAUUCAGCACCGAUAGGACCCAGGGUUUGAGUGCCACAGCCGAUUUGAGAUUAAUAUUGAUUGGUAUUGAUUGUUCUGGGCGAGGAUUUCACGUGUACCGAUAUUUGUUGUUUGACUCAAUUCAGCUGCACAAACCCAACCUAUUUGAUAUGGUCCGCUUGAUUCAGCGACGCCAGAAUGUAUCACAGCACAAAAUAGUGCCCCCGUACGACUCAAGUACCUUCACUUUGCAAAACUAUUCCAUUCUUCGUCAACGUGCGGAUCCCGUGUACAGUCAACCGUUACAUGUCGGUGGUCUGAGCUGGCGUCUGAAAGUCUAUCCGGACGGGAAUGGAGUGGUUCGUGGCAACUAUCUAUCCGUAUUCAUUGAACUGUCUGCCGGUCUGCUGGAAGCGUCCAAGUAUGUAAUAAAUUAUUUUCCCAUAUUUACUAUUUCUCGUUUUUCAUUACCGUAA